AUGCAUUCCUCUGCUCUUCUCGUCCCCGCCUUCGCCGCCACAGCCCUCUCCUGUUUUCUCGAGGUGGUGCCUGAUGGCGUAGAUAACUUCAUUCGGCACACCUUGAAGGAGCGGAAUGAUGAGCCUCUUUAUACUCUAGAGUUUUCAGAUGGAACAAGGCGCCAAGUAACAGACGAUGAGAGAUGGGAAAUUAAGCAGGCGCAUAUUCGUUUCAUCGAUGUCACUGAGACUCCAAACAUGGCUCAAUUCUCUCGUCCCGCCGGUAUUUCCGCGGUCGCUGCAUUCCCUUCAACAUUGACCCAAGGCGAAACGGUGAAGAGUCUGAUAAGCGAAUACAACACGGAGAAUGUCAAGUCGACCCUCACACAUUUCUCCAGUUACUACAACCGCUAUUACCAAGCAGCCACCGGUGUUCAGUCAGCCCAGUGGUUGUUUGACCAAGUCUCCAGCGUGCUAUCUGAGGGUGGCGCGACCGGCGCUUCCGUCCGAAAAGUUGCUCAUUCCUGGGCUCAGUUUUCAGUCGUCGCUACGAUUCCUGGAACCUCUGACAAGACCAUUGUUGUGGGCGCUCACCAGGAUUCAAUCAAUGUUUCGAACAGAACUGGGCUGGCACCGGGUGCUGAUGAUGAUGGCUCCGGCAGCAUGGCCAUCCUUGAGGCACUGCGGGUUCUCCUCAAGGACUCGCGUAUUGCUUCAGGACAGGCACCCAACACUAUUGAGUUUCACUGGUAUGCCGGUGAAGAGGCCGGUCUCCUCGGAAGUAACGCAAUCUUCCAGCAAUACGCAACUGACGGCAAAGAUAUUGCCGCCAUGUUGAACCAGGACAUGGUUGGAUACACCACAGACAACACAUUCGGCCUCAUCACCGACAACACCAGCGCUGAUCUGAAUGCGUUCAUCAAGCUUCUGAUCGGUGAGUAUGCCGACAUUGGAUACACCGAGUCCAGGUGCGGAUACGGCUGCAGCGAUCACGCGAGUGCCACACGAGUGGGAUAUCCCGCUUCUUUCUUGUUCGAGGCCGCGUUUGGAAAGCAUAAUGGAUACAUCCACCAGACCGGAGACACCAUCGACAAGCUUAGCUUUGAGCAUGUCCUUCAACACGGAAAGGUGAUUCUAGGGUUCUUGGAGGAAUUGGCAUUUUCGACAACCAUUUAA